AUAACUCAACUUUCCAAUAUCAAAACAUUUUCAUAACUACAAUUUGGUGAGUCGCAAAUAUUUAGUACACUACAAAUAGAAAAAAAAAGUUAUAUUGUAAAGUUAUUAUGGCUUUCAACUCACAACGUACAUUUAGAGCCCCAACUUUCCGGUUUCCACUUUCAGUUCGUCGUGUGUAUGAAACAUGGGAGCCAAAAUCAGAUGUGAAAGAAACUUCUGAAACUUACUUUCUUCAUGUUUAUCUUCCUGGUUAUACAAAGAAUCAACCGAAGAUUACAUUAGAGGAUGCAUCACAGAAGUUGAGGAUUACCGGUGAACGACCAAUUGAAGGAGACAAAUGGAAAAAAUUUGACCAAACAUAUCCUGUUCCAGAAAAUAGUGAUGUAGGGACACUUGAAGCCAAGUUUGAGCAAGAAACUCUCAUUCUUAAAAUGCAAAAGAAACCCAUUUCACAAUCACAAGUUGUUGCUCCAAAACAACAAGUGGAAAAAAGUCAACAAGAACCUUUAAGUAAUGAGGGUUUAGAUGGAACAAAGCUUGAAAAAGUCCAAGAAACCAUUCAACCAACACAAUCUACAACUAAAUUUGAAGAAUCAACUCAAGACAUGAAUAGUGAUUUACCUCAAACUCAAAGUAUUGAAAAGAAGAGACAAGAGACUAUUCAUGAUGACACAUUGUCUCAAAUUGCUAAAGAAACAAUUAGCAAUGACACAACAAAAACACAAAUAGGUGAAAAUUCUCAACAACAAUUUGAGCUAAAACCAACAUUCAAAGACAUGACCAAACUACAAUUUAAUGAAAAGGCUCAAAAGGGACCAGAGGAAUUUGAGCCAAAACCAACGUUCAUUGAGAAAAUCAAAACACAAAUAGAUGAAAUUGCUCAAAAAGGUCAAGAAGAAUUUGAGAAAAAAUCAACAUUCAUUGAGAAAGUCAAAACACAAAUAAGUGAAAAGGCUCAUAAAGCUCAAGAGGAAUUUGCGCUAAAACCAACAUCCAUAGAGAAAGCCAAAACAGAACCAAAUGAAAAGCCUCAAAUCAGUGAAGAGGAAUUUGAGAAAAAACCAACAUUAAUUGAGAGAAUCAUAACACAAAUAGCUGAAAGGGCUCAAAAGGGUCCAAAGGAAAUUGAGGCGAAACCAACAUUCAUCGAGAGAACUAACAAACAAAUAGAUGAAAAUGUACAAAAAGUUCAAGAAGAAUUUGAGUCAAAACCAACAUUCAUUGAAAGAACCAAAACACAAAUAGAUGAAAAGGCUCAAAAUGGUCUAGAAGAAUUUGAGAAAAAACCCACAUUCGUUGAGAGAAUCAAAACACGAAUAAUUGAAGAGGCUCAGAAGGUUCAAGAAGAAUUUGAGGCAAAACCAACAUUUAUUGAGAGAAUCAAAACACAAAUUGAUGAAAAGGUUCAAAAAGAUAAAGAGGAAUUUGAACCAAAACCUACAUCCAUUGAGAAAGCCAAAACUGAAACAAAUAAAAAGCUUCAAAAGGGUCCAGAGGAAUUUGAGCCAAAACCAAUAGAAAAGAUUGUUACCAAAGAGAACUUAGAGAAAAACAUAGUGAAAAAUAGUGAUGAAGAUGCUGAGAAGAAAAGGAUCUUAGUGAAGGAAGAAACUAAAGAGAAAAAGGAGAAGCCUUAUGAGUCAAGCAAAACUUUAGUAGGCGUGAAGAAUCAAAACAUAAAAGAAAAUGAAACUGAAAAAGAAGAACUUCCUACUCCAAAAGUUACAGAAAGUAAAUGGUUGGGUGAAGAGAGACAUUUAAUUGAAAAUGUAAGUGUUGCAAUUCUAGUGAUUGCUGCAUUUGGAGCCUAUAUAUCAUAUAAGUUUUCUUCUUGAAGGAUGACUAUAGUUCUACUUGCACAUACAUAAAUAAUGUAAAAAUCUACACUUGCAUUUGUUCAAAAAUAAAUAUGUGUUUCAUUUUA